CGCUCAUGUCGCUACGUGACGCAUCUCAAUAGAAAUUUGAUUGGUUACGAGAUAAAUAUAUUAACUGAAUAACCAAUCAAAAAUGUUUUGUAUAUCACGGAAAGAAAUAUUUCUUUUAGACUAUACAUGUGAUAUCUACACUGUAUUAUAUUCUAUGUUCUAAUUUUAAAUAUAUACUUGACGAUUUCUAACCGACAACUUAUAAUAGUACAAUUUAUAACUUGAAAUAUGUAAAAAAUACAAAAUCGUGAUAAAAUUCAUAUUAUAGAAAUAUAAUUUAAUGAAUAAAUUUUAUUGUAUCAAUUAUUUAUAUAUAUAUAUAUAUAUUUCUUUAUUUUUAUUAUAUUUUAAAAUAAUUUUAAUUUAUUUGUAACUGAACUAUUUUUCUUUAUAUUAAAUUUACAACAUAAAAAUAUUGAAUCCACUAUCGUAAACAGAUAUCGUAUCAUUUUUAUGUAAUUUUAAAAAUUAGUUCAAAAAUUUUUAAUCUAUAAAAUUAUUACAUUUUUAUUUAUAUUAAAUAUAUAAAAAAUAUAUAUUUAAAAUAUUAAAUAUUUAAAAAGUGUACAUAGAAAAUACAAUUUUAUAAAACCAAAUAUGUAUUGUGAACCAAAUUCUACGAAUAUUAUCUACGAUUUAGAUAAGGUAACGGUCAUCGAUUUUCGAAGUGACACUUUCACAAAACCAACCAAAAAAAUGAGAGAAGCAAUAUCUAAAGCCGAAGUUGGAGACGAUGUUUUUAAUGAAGAUCCAACAGUUAAAAUAUUGCAAGAAAAAGCUGCCAAAAUGAUUGGAAUGGAAGAUGCAAUAUUUGUAUGUUCUGGAACUAUGGGAAAUUUAAUUUCAAUAAUGGUCCAUUGUGAUGUUCGUGGAAGUGAGGCAUAUUGUGGUGAUCUUGCUCAUUGUUUAUUACAUGAACAAACUGGUAGUGCUCAAAUUGCAGGAGUAAAUCUCAGGACAUUAAAGAAUAAUAAUAAUGGCACUUUUGAUCUUCAAGAACUGGAAUCUAAACUUCGGAGAAAUAGAGAUCAUGAGCCUAUUUCAAAACUAGUACUUGUAGAGAAUACAAUUAAUGGAAAAAUUGUUCCACAAAAUUGGAUAAAUGAAUUAGUAUUAUUUUGUAAAAAACAUAAUUUGAAAUUACAUAUGGAUGGAGCUAGAUUAUGGAAUGCAAGUAUAGCAUCAAAGAUAGCUGCAAAGGAUAUUGUUUCAGGUUUUGAUUCUGUAACUUUCUGUCUCAGUAAAGGUUUAGGUGCUCCUGUAGGUUCCCUUCUUUGUGGAACUAAACAAUUUAUUGAAAAUGCAAGAAGAAUAAGAAAAGUGCUUGGUGGUGGUAUGAGACAAGUUGGUAUUCUUGCUGCAGCUGGACUUGUAGCUCUUGAACACAUUCCAAAUUUAGCCAAUGAUCAUAAAAGAGCUUUCACUCUUGCAUCUGCAAUACAUAAUAUACAAUCAUCAGUAUUUUUAGUUGAUUUAACUACUGUACAAACAAAUAUGGUUUUCAUGGAAGUUGAUUCUAAUAUUGUUCAUGCAAAAAAAUUCUCUAACUGUUUGCAAGAAUUUGAUAAUGAUGAUAAUAAUGACAAAGCUGUUGUCGUGAAAUGUAUGGUAAUGAAUGAAUCACUCAUAAGGUUUGUACUUUCUUUUGAAGUUGGAGAUGAUGAAUUAAAAUUGGCUAUUAAAAAAAUUAUACAUGUUAUUAAAAAACUAGAUCCUAAAUUUUAAUUAUAUUAUAUUUAUUAGUUAAUUAAUAAAAUUAGUUACUGAAAUAUGUACAAUUCGUUCAUAUAUCUUGUAUUUUUGAAUAUAUGAAGAUGAUGAUUUAUUUACGAUGUUAUUUAUAAUGAAUAACAAUGAAUAAUAUAUAAAUAUAUAUAUAUAUAAAUAUAAAAUAGUAAUAAAUAUUACUGCAUAUAAUUAAAUAAAAUUCUAUCAAAAUACAAAACAUGAAAAGAAUGAUAAACUUGGAAAGAUAAUAUUUUGAAUUUACAAAUAUGCAGAAAGUAUGCAAAUUAUAUGAAUUUAUAUAUAAUUAUAAUUUAUAGAUAAAUAUGUAAAUUUAAGUAAAUUUUCAGAAAGAUAUAACAUGCUAAAAAAAAAUAUCUCAAGCAGAUGAAUUCAUAAAAUUGGAUAUGAUGUUUAAUAUUUUGAUGAUCAAUAUUUUGAUGAUGUUUAAUAUUUUGUCACAUAUAUUUAUAAGUUUUUUCAAUGAUGACAUCCAUGGAAAAUCAAAAUAAAAGAAAUAAUAUUGAAAAGAAUAUCAUUUGAACAUAUUAAAAGAAAAUUACCAUAUGAUAAUUUUCAUGCAAAAUUUCAUGCAAGAAUUUUACAAAAGUUAUUAUUUUUUAUAAAUUAUGAUGAUUUGAAUAGCAUAUAUCAAGAAAAUUCUACAUAUAAAUAUAUAUUAAAUAUAUAAAAAACAUAUAUAUAUAAACAAAUGAAUAUUUUUUUAAUAUAUCUUUUAUGCAUAACUAAAGCUUUUGAUUUUCUAAAGAUUUAAAAAUUUUAUCUAUCUAUUGAUUUGAUUUUCCUGAAAUGAUAGAAAAAGAUUUAAAAAUCCUAUUUAUUUAUUAAUAUACAUUUCAUAUUUUAAUUCAUUUGAUGGAUGAUAAUAUUCAAAAUCUAAAAGAUAGAAGUAAUGUAUAAAAAAUAAAACAUUUAUAUAUAUAUAUUAAAAAACUAGAUGAAUUGAAUGACAGUAUUGUUGAUUUAUUAUUUUCUCAAUGACAAAAUUUUAGAACAGUAAUUUUCUCAAGCUAUAAAUCAUGAAGAAAAAUUUUAUAUGAAUGUUAAAAAAAAAAUUUUAAUUUACUAAACUAGUACUUUAAUAUACUAAUUUUUAUUUUAUACAAAUUUCAUGUUUCAAAUCAAAUUUUAAGUAUUUGUAUUUUUCUUGUAGUUUUACUUUUAAAUUAUUUAUAUCGCAAAAUAUAAAAGAUACAAUAGAUUAAAACAAAUUUAUAUAAUAUAAUUUAUGUAUAUAAAUUUAUUUAAUUUAAUUAUUUAUCGAACAUACAAUGUAUUUUUUUUUGUUCUAUGAGAUAUUAUCAGAUAUAGAUAUUAUCCUUAUUCAUUUUAAUAUUGUUUUCAUGUUACAAAUUUGGUUUAAAAUAAAAUUGUAAAAUAAUGAUGACUGAAACUAAAUUUCAAUAUAAAAUUAUAAAUAACAAAUAUUUUGUUAUAAAAUGUUUUGUAUACAUUUUAUCUAUAUCUAUGUCUUAUAUAUAAUUAUAUUUAUAUACAAUUAUUGUAAAACAGGCAAGAAGAAUGGUAGUUUCAUUCUUUCAUCAUAUUUUUUUUAGCUAUAAAAAAUUAUUUAAUAAAACUAAUUAGAAUUUUAUUUUAAUUAUUUAAAUAAAAUAUUUUAAUAGAAUAUUUUAAAAAAAUUUUUAAAAUAAGAGAAAAUAUUAUUAUGCAUACUUAUAAUUUAGUUUUUAUUAAAUUUUUAUUUAUAGUUUUAAAAUCAUUAUCUGGAAAUGCAAUGUUAAUUCAUAAAUUAAUCUUGUAAUGAAAAUUGACUUUAUUAUAAACUAUAUUUUUAAAAAUAAAAUUAUAUUUUUAAAAUUAAA